AUGUUGAAGGUGGGCGGGGGUGCGCUACUGAUCGCUGCGAUAGUGGCAGUCUUCGUAGUCGCGACCCAGGGACGAGACCCAGACCUUGAGGCUUCAGAACAGGAAGGGAGGGAGUACAUCAUGCAUUUAGAUAAGAUGGCUGGAUUGAGGAAAAACAGGGCCAGUCUUGCCGAGUGGGCUUACACUUCAAACAUCACCCAAGAAAAUGAGGCUAAGAGGAUCCAAGUUCAAUUGGAGCUGUCAAAGCAAGAGAAGCAAGCGUGGGAGGAAACGAAGAUGUAUAGGUGGCAAGACUUCCAAGACUUCUCACUCCGUAGAAUGUUUAAGAAAUACAGUCAGCUUGGAGUAUCAGCGCUGCCUGAUGAUAAAUAUAAGCUGUUGAUGCAGAGCGUCUCCGAUAUGGAGUCGAACUACGCGACGGCAAAGAUUUGCUCAUUCAAAAAUGAGAGUAAAUGCGAUCUGGCAUUAGAACCUGAUAUAACAGAAAUCUUCGCAAAGAGCCAGGACCCUGAUGAAUUGAAGCACACGUGGGUGGAGUGGCACCGAGCGGCCGGAGCUCGGGCCCGGAACAACUUCACACAAUACGUUGAGCUGGAUAAUGAGGCUGCUAAACUUAAUGGUUAUAAAGACGUGGCGGAAUGGUGGCAAUCUGAAUACGAAGUUAAAGAUUUCGAAGAACAAUUGGCGAAGUUGUGGGAAGAUGUGAAGCCUCUGUACCAACAACUGCACGCGUAUGUCAGGAAAAGACUCCGAGAUAAGUACGGAGAGCAUAUAGUUUCGGCUAGAGGACCCAUACCAGCACAUUUGUUAGGAAAUAUGUGGGCACAAACGUGGAAUAAUAUCGAAUCAUUCACGCGACCAUAUCCCGAUAAGAAAGAAAUUGAUAUUACGAAAACUAUGAAGGAACAGAAUUAUACAGCUCUCAGAAUGUUCCAAAUGUCAGACGAGUUCUUCAGGUCAUUGAACCUAACGGCCAUGCCGGAGAAGUUUUGGCAGAAUUCAAUCAUCGAGAAACCAACUGAUAGGGAGAUCGUUUGUCACGCGUCCGCUUGGGACUUUUAUGAUGGAGAAGAUUUUAGGAUCAAAAUGUGUACGUCAGUGACGAUGGAGCACUUGAGGGUAGUUCACCAUGAGAUGGGCCAUGUGCAAUAUUAUUUGCAGUACAAAGAUAGGCCUGUUAUAUUUCGUGCUGGGGCCAAUCCAGGUUUUCACGAGGCCGUUGGUGACACGAUUGCCCUCUCAGUAUCGUCUCCCAAACACCUUCGCCGCGUUGGACUCGUGAAAGGAGAUGCUGAUGAUGAACAGACAGAAAUCAAUCAGUUGUAUAAGAUGGGUAUAGACAAGAUAGUGUUCCUUCCAUUCGCGUACGUCCUGGAUCUGUUCCGAUACGGCGUGUUCCGUGGCUCCACGACACCAGAAGACUAUAACUGUCAUUACUGGAGUUUGAGGGAUUCACUGCAAGGAAUCGAACCCCCUGUCAACAGAACCGAAGAGGAUUUUGAUGCCGCUGCCAAAUACCACGUGUCCGCUGACGUCGAAUAUGCGAGAUACUACGUGUCAUUCAUAAUACAAUUCCAAUUCCACCGUGCUCUGUGUCAGCUGGCCGGCGAGUAUGAGCCGGAGGAUCCGAACAAGAAGUUGGUAGAUUGUGAUAUUUACCAGAGCGUCAACGCCGGGAAUGCGUUGUCUACCAUGCUUCGUCUGGGCUCGUCUCGACCCUGGGCGGACGCGAUGGAGGCUCUGACGGGUCAACGUAAGAUGGAUGCUGGUGGAUUAUUGGAGUACUUCAGACCUCUACAUGACUGGCUCGCAGCUGAGAACAUGAGGACCGGCGAAUACGUGGGCUGGGAACCCAGCAAGAUGCAGUACUGUACCGUGGAGCAGAAGGCAGCCCUCUCGUCCCGCUUCCCCGCUCCAGCUGCCUCCCCCUCCCCGCUGCCCUCCGAUCACCCCUCCCCCUCCCCCACCCCCGCGGACCCGCCCGCGCCCGCGCCGGCGCAGCGCUCUUUAUAA